AUGGCUCGUCAGCCAGAUGCCACAAAUUCUGAGCUGCCUGUUGCUCGAUCGCCUAUUGUAGCAGAUACCUUGCAUUCGGUAACUGCUCUUGCAAGAUUUGAGUUUGAGCCUGGCAGAGGCAAUGAUGGAACCAAGAUAAUGAUGGUAGAAUGGCAAGAUGACAACGAGGAUAGACAUAGGGUAGGUUCGUGGCAGGUGUCCUGGCCUGGCAAGAAGACGACAUUCGCUGCGGACGACAACCCUUCAGAGAGCACGAACAGGCUGUACUUCCUCCUUCCUCCUGGUGAGCCGAUACCACCUAGCAUUACGAUUUCCUACCAGCCAGCGUCGGCAAGUACUACGUCAGCGAAGGACAAAUCACCACAAUCUAGCCUGAAAAGGUAUGACCUGUCACCAAGACCGAGCUCAAGAGAUGGAAAUUCAGGCUCGUUACAUAUGACCGUCAAUCCUCUACCCGCGAUCUUCACGCCUGAGCUAGGUGCCACAGCGAAAGCAAGUGGGAGGAAAGGGGUCUUACACACUAUAUGGGCAAAGAGACGUCUGCAGGUACUGGCAAAGGAAAUCCGUACUGAAUCUGAGUUCAACCUCGAAAGUAUAGCGCUUGAGAUGGCCAUGGCUGAAAAACAGUGGAUAGAACAGAACUUCGGAAUCACGGUGCCUCAAGCAAAGCCUUCCAACCCAAGUGGGUUGAAGCUAGAUCUUGGGUCGAUACAAGUUGAUGGCAGUGCGAGCCCACCAGUGAGCCCCAGCAUGCAGAGUCCUCUAUCGCCUGGUGGUAGAAGACUGACAGACAAGCUCAAGGGCCUGAGCAUUACGACAAGCGACAAGGACGGGGUCAACACACCGACAAGGGAGAUCAAUCCACUAAGUCCAGAAGUCGGCGACAUGGCUGUUUCCUCCUUCUCUACUUUCAAGGGUGAUCGACCGACCACACAGAAAGUACCUCAGACUGCUAGGAGGAUAGUACCUAUAAGUCCGCCCAGCGAAGUGACGGAUGACCAGGCGCAAGCUGCGAGUGCCAGUCUAGCAGAGAUUGCUCGAGGCGAUAUGUCGUCGAGACCUGAUGGUGGGAUAAUACCAUCGAGGAGGGCUGAGAAAGAGAUUGAGGCCGAUGGUCUCUUCGCGGUUGCAAUGAGUCCUCGGGACCCCGACGAGCCAAAGAGUCCAUUUUCAAUACCGAGUAGUGAGGACGGUGGAGGAGCAUUCUCAAAGAUAAAAGGUACAUUGAGGUAG